AUGAUAACAAGAAAGUGCUCCAAUCGUUUUAUAAAGCCCUUAGGGAGAUCUUUGGUGCCACAGACUAAUUCACAAAUACGGCAGUUUUCAAUAGAUCAUAAUGUCCUUAUAACUACAUUUACAAAUGCGUUCCAAAACCUACACGAAUUUACUGGGUUACCUUGGUGGGCUUUAAUACCAAUUACUACUUUCACAUUACGAUCGAUAUGGACUUUGCCGCUAGCGAUCAUUCAAAGAAAACGUAUCCAAAAACAAAGUUCACUAAAACCUAUAAUAAGUGCCAUGGGACCAAUUUUAAGAAUGAAUUUAGCUAAAAAAGUAUCCAAUGCAAACAAAGUUAUUCAAAACCCACAAACUGACGAAACGACAAGAGCUACCUUAGCUCCAAUGACUAAUAUGACUUAUGAGCAAAUAUUAUUAUUAAGUACAAAGGAAACUAGAAAACGUCAAAAGCAAUUAUUCAAAAAAUAUAACGUACAAUUAUGGAAAAAUUUCAUACUACCAGUGUUUCAAAUUCCAUUGUGGGUCAUAAUGUCAAUAACAAUGAGAGAUUUGAGUGGUUGGUCUUCAUGGGAUAAUUUACACAAUAAAGCAUUGGAUCCUACACUCUACUCUGAAGGUUGUUUGUGGUUUCAAGAUUUAGCAGUAGCUGAUCCUACUCAUGUGUUUCCACUAAUAUUAGGAGUGAUUUCAUUAUGUAAUAUUGAAUGGACUUUUAAAACAUUGGAUUUAGCAAGACUAACUCAAAAAUUGAAAUAUAGACCCACUAUAACUGAUGCAAUUGCAAAUUUUUCCAGAUUAUCAAUUGUAUUUAUGAUGGCUAUAUCAAUUCAUGCACCUGCAGCAUUAGUUUUGUAUUGGAUAAGUUCACAAUUUUAUUCCUUAAUACAAAAUAUUGUAAUGGAUUUGAAAUAUCCAAUUUCAUAUUCACCAAGAAAGAGAUUUGGUUGGGAGAAAUCAAGUUAUGACUGA